AUGGCGGAGGCUGUUCAGACCGUGGGAGGGGACGGCCUCGGAGAGCCGCUUCUCCCUUCUCAUGGCCUUCCGCAGCACCUCUCAGAGGAGGUCCCCGAGGAGCUGCCCCAGGACAAGCCCAGCCUGCCGCAGCCAGAGUUCAGUCUGCCUUACCAGGAGGAGGAGGAGAGUGAAGAGGACUCAGACCGCCUAGAGGAUCAGUUUGAUGGAGUGUUGGAUGAAGAUAUUGUAGCUGAGGGACUCCACAAGCUGGGGCGCUCAGCCCCUGGUAUUGAAUACGUUUAUCUUAAUCUCUCACUUUCAGGUCGUGAGUUAAGUGACAUUAACAUUCUCUCCAAAUACAUUCACCUACAGAAGCUGGAACUUUCAUAUAAUAAAAUUAAUGAUCUUUCUUGUAUCAGUCACAUGCCUUAUUUACUGGAACUGAAUGCUUCCAACAAUGAACUGACUACAUAUUUCAGUUUUGAGCCACCUAAAAAUCUCAAGGAAGUGGAUUUUUCCUACAAUCAAAUACCUAAAAUGGAAGAUUUGUCAGCAUACCAAUCACUUACUAAACUCUUUCUGGAUUUUAAUAACAUAGAGAAGAUAAGAGGACUGGAAAAGUGUCACAGUCUGACUCAUCUCAGUUUGUCACACAACAGACUCGUUGAAAUCAGUGGACUUGAGAACUUGCCUAUCAGAAUACUCAAUCUGAGCUCAAACCAGAUUGAGAAGAUAACUGGCUUGGACAGCUUGAAAACCCUACAGAAGCUGGACCUAUCUAGGAAUAAAAUAACUAGUCUACAAGGCUUGGAGGCACAUGGCCUACUAGAGGUGAUCAGCCUGGAGGACAACCAGAUUGCUGAGCUGCAUGAACUUGAAUACAUUGAAGAGCUGCCUCUCCUCGGAGUUUUAAAUCUUCUAAAAAAUCCUCUGCAGGAGCAAACAGAUUAUUGGCUCUCAGUGAUUUUCACGUUGCUCCGACUAACAGAACUGGAUCUCAAGAAGAUUUCCGUGGAAGAAAAGGUUGCUGCUGUGAAUAAAUAUGAUCCUCCUCCAGAAGUUGUGGCUGCCAGAGAUCAUAUGACUCAAGUUAUGUACAACAUGCUGCAGCCCCAGAGAAUCUUGGACAGCACUUUACCUCGUCUUGAUGCAGCCUACCCUAUGCUGGUAUUAGCUGGCCCCUUAGCCUGUGGUAAGAGAGAGCUUACUCAUAAGAUCUGCAGGCAGUUCAACAAUUUCUUCAGAUAUGGUCCCUGUCACACUACCAGGGCAGCUUACUUUGGUGAAGAAAACAGGCUUGAUUACUAUUUCGUUUCCCAAGAAGCAUUUGACAAAAUGGUGAACACAGGGACGUUUAUAGCAACCUAUAAAUACAGUGGCUAUUACUAUGGACUUGGACGAGAGACUGUUGAAUCAGUUGCCAGAGAAGGCCUUGCAACCUGUGUUCAUUUGGAAGUAGAGGGUGUGCGUAGCUUGAAAAAUACCUACUUCAAACCCAGAUACAUCCUGCUAGUACCAACGGACAAGGAGAAAUAUGAGGGACAUCUGCGGAGGAAAGGAUUGUUCAGCCGGCCAGAGAUUGAAGAGGCAGUCUCCAGAGUGGACAUGUACCUCAAAAUAAGUCAGGAUAAUCCAGGAUUCUUUGAUGCAGUGGUCAACACAGAUGAAAUGGAUGAGGCAUUCACGGAGCUGAGCUUCCUCGUAAAGGCAUACCUGGGUUUGGAGCCACCUGCAGACUCUGAUAGCACUCAGGACUUGCACAUCAGAGCAAGAGCAGGUUCAAGAAUAAGGUUCUUACAAGAGCAAAGAUUGUCACCUGGUGGAGUAAUUGCAGGAACCACUCAGUCUUCACCUGUUAACGAGUUCUUGGAGUCUUCUACCAAAAUCUAUCCAGGAGGCACCUCUGACAGACUUCCUGUACAGCUAAGCUCUGUGGAAGAAGCUUCUCUCCAAAGGCGCUGUUCCGCUGCACGUCAGGCUCUGUCAGGGAAGGCACCUAGUGCAUACGUCCAGCUCUUUCAAAGGGACCUGGCAGUCACUCCUGCACUGAGCAGCUGCCAUCAACAAUUACUUGAGCCAAUACCUGCUUCUCUUCUCUCAGAUAGAAGGAAUGUCAGACCAGACCUGAGCUUCCCCCUGAUUAACCCAGAGAGCAGAAAAAGUAAACUAAAAAAAGCCACCAAAGGCUCCAGAGAAUCUGGUCCUGCUACUGGACAAUUUCUAAUCUCAGCUGGUGCUUCUGCUGCUGAAGGUCUGACAGUUCGAGCUCCUGUUCCCCAUGGUCACUUCACUGAAGAAGCCAAAGGUGCGCAGCAGGAUCCGAGAGGAGCUGAAAGCGGAGCGGCUAGACAGAAAGAGAUUGACCUCACUAGUGACAACCUCCAGAGAAAACACAGCAAGUCCAAGGCUGGUUCUGCUCAUGUGCCUGAGCUCACCAACUGGCCAGGUUCCCACUCCAAACCUGUCCUACCUCCAAUCCCACCUGGCCGGAAGAAGACCAAUCCUUGA